AUGCAUCGCCAGCUACCCGGCCAAGCUGAUUCUAGCUCGGGUCUCAUUUUCAAGCUUCCCCCUGAGAUACUCGUGCAAAUCGCUCAGCAUGCCCAGCCCAUCGACCGAGUUAUGCUUGCAUUGUCCUGCAAGAGGAUGCUCGCUGCCUCCAAACUGUUCCAUCUACAAGUGCCUGAUCGCGAUCAUCACGUCUCCCGCUGGAGCUCAGAACCACCAGAACCCAAGGCAGAUAGCUGCUCGUGCUCCCUGGCUGAGCCGGCCAUGUCCGACCCCAUCGAUAUCCCUCUCAAGAGAAGUCGCCUACGAGGAGCGGCUCAUGGGACAAGCCCUUUUCCUGAAGAUGAGGGGCCUUACAUGGGCUAUAUCGAAAUAUUCCAAAAUGGUCACAUCUACCAAGCCGUGUCCUCCGGCUCCGGCAAGUAUGUCACAGUCGGCUCACGAUGCGACAUGCCCGCUCUCGCUUUCAUAGUUGAAAAGAACCGGGUCACGAAGAUGACUACGAUAGCUGUGCAUGGAAGGGAUCUGAAGCACUCGAUUGCACGCGCCAUUCCCGAGGUCAAGGUCAAGCCAUUCGAGCUAGCCCUCGACUUCAACACGGUUGUCAAGCACUAUGCUGACUUGAAGGCCGAGGCUUCUUACUUGUCCAUGUGGAAACCUUACAGCGACACGGCCAAGGAAAUGGAAUUGCUGGUCAAUGACCUCCUGCUGGAGCGUGCCCUCUAUGAUGGCCUCGACCUUGCGUCUCUUCGGGAACAGGGUAUUCUCUCCAGCACCCACAUCCAUGCCAUCCGCGAGAGAUGCAUCGACCAUGGCUUGGCUGAUCUGGAGAUCUGCCACCGUAUCGGCCAAUCAUCCGAACAUCAAAAGGAAGAAUACCUGAAAAGUCAGAAUUACAGGAUAUACCAGCUUGCUAUGGAGGGCAACCUUUGUGACCUUGUCGCAUUCUGCGAGCCCCUCCUCAGGUCCAGAGAGAUCGAGGUGUUUUUCAACUCUGAUCUCCUUCGGCAACUCCUCGACAAGGACUUCUUCGAUAUUUACCAGUACCUGCUGGAUCUCAUCGACCGCACAAGACCAACGGCAGUGGACGUGCCUGAUCCUGAUUACUCCGACAUUACAUACGAUCCGUUUUAUGUCGCUAUUCGUCUCGGCCAUUACCCUACAGUUCAAGCCAUGGUGAUUGAAGAAACAACCUUUGAAGGGUACAUUGAAGACGACCUUAACGCAGGCGUUGACCGCAUCUUAACGCCGCUCCUGGCUGCAGUCCUAUGGAAUCGACCCGAUAUGAUCCAGAUGUUCAGACAGUCUCCCAUAUAUUGUGGACGCAUGACACAGGCCGUCCACCUUGCCGCCGAGGUAGGGUUGCCGACUAUCAUCCAGACUCUCAGCGAGACUCCCCAGAUGAAGGCUGGGUAUGGCCCAAUGGUGAACAGAUAUCCCCCAAAGAGUCUACCGGAAAGGCUCUUUGACCUACCACAACAGGACUUGUCCUGGAUCAACUCUUCACCAGUUUCUCUAUCACCUAUCGGAGAUGCGAGUCUCUCUAGUAUCAGCCAAGCGGCGUACAGUUGGGGUCUUGAGGCUCAAACACCAUGGGAGAGUUUUGCAUCCAUCGCUGCAACUGACUCUCCCGCGAUGGCUACUACUUCCGUCUUCACGCCUGCCACGUACUCAAGUCUGCCUACCCCAGUCGAAGAAGUCAUGAACCCACUUUCAGCUUUCUCUCCCGCUUUGCCGUCACCAUCUGGCCUCUGUGCCUCUACGCUCGUCGAUCCGCACAGCUUCGGUCAGAUAGAUAAGCCGCUGCCGAUAUGUGCACGGCCUAGGGAUGUCCCUCUAUUCAUAGGCCACACAAAGAGCUACACAAAGCGUCACAAGUCUGGGCGCGCCUCUCUGGUGCGGCUUGAACGGCGGUGUCAGAUCGUGGGCAGUGUCUGCGGUAACUGCACCAAUCAACACGAGUUUCUAGAGAUAUCGAACCGAUGCGCCGAUACUCAUAGUGCCUGGAGAUUAGGACUCGAGUCUCUCCGCAAGAUCAUGAAUAACCUAGCACCUUGCGGUCUCGCUGAGACUCUCGCCAGCGUCCUGGUAGCGGAUGCUCUGGUCUGCCAAAUUUCUCAGGAGGAAGGCCUUAUAUUUCAGUUUGUCGCCGAUCUGUGGCGCUGGAAGAUCGGCCUCACUCAAGUUGAAAUGGCCUUGUUUGACAAGAUUGCUUGCGCUGCUUGGCACAUCGACACCAUUCCUGUCUCAAUUGCGAGCACCUGCAAGCCUGCAUUUGGAAGUUUGAUAAGAGAGCUCGUCUCUUAUAAAAACUUGGAGCCAACUAGGACAGUGUCGCGUGGCAUUCGGCUAGAGUCGAUUCAGCGACAGAUGAAGACUCACGAGAGGCAUCCGAGGCGCCUCAAGCGAAUUGAAGAGAACAGCACUCCACAAAACGACUCAAUACUACCCGAAUCAUCAGACGCAAAGCCUGUUCAUGCCAACGUGGCCAUAUUGCUUGAAUCGGUGGCAUUUACAAUAUUUCUCGCGGCGGCAUCGUCCACCCAACAUACCCUGGAAGAUGACCAGCCGCAGUCUGUUGCAUCGCCACUCUCAGUCGACAACCAAUCCCGCGCAAUGGUGGAGGAAUUCCUUAGCCUGGGGUCCGAGGAUGAGUUCUCGUAUGAUUCAGGUAUUGGCAUGGACUCACCUGUCAAGAGCUCUGUCAGCCGGUACAUACUGGAGAUGCGG